CACAUCCAGGAGAGUAGCAGCUGCCGCCUCCGCAGCCAAAACCCCGCUGCACCUGCCGGUGCUGCAGAUGGAGCACCACGAGGUGACGUUGGAUCUGCUCCACACGCACUUCAUCUUCACCAUCCCCUCCGACGCCGCCGCCUCCUUCGCCACACCCAUCAUCUCGCUGCAGCAGCAGCAGCAGCAGAUGCAUGAGCGGCCGCACCCGCUGGCCAUGGGGGCGGAGACGGAGCGGGGCGAGUGGUCCAUGCCCAUCACGGUGCACGCGCCCCUGCCCAAGAUCACACGUGGAGGUAGCGAAGCAUUCCUUCUGAAAUUGAGCGAGGAGGAGAGAAGCGGAGAGGGGAGGAGCGAAGAGGAGAGGAGCAAAGAGGGGAGGAGCGAAGAGGGGAGGAGCGAAGAGGAGAGGAGAGAAGAGGAGAGGAGCGGAGAGGGGAGGAGCGAAGAGGGGAGAAGCGAAGAGGGGAGGAGCGAAGAGGAGAGGAGCGGAGAGGAGAGGAGCGGAGAGGAGAGGAGCGGAGAGGGGAGGAGCGAAGAGGUGAGGAGUGGAGAGGGGAGGAGUGAAGAGGGGAGGAGUGAAGAGGGGAGGAGCGGAGAGGGGAGGAGCGAAGAGGGGAGGAGCAAAGAGGGGAGGAGCGAAGAGGAGAGGAGAGAAGAGGAGAGGAGCGAAGAGGAGAGGAGCGAAGAGGGGAGGAGCGAAGAGGGGAGGAGCGAAGAGGAGAGGAGCGAAGAGGAGAGGAGCGAGGAGGAGAGGAGCUGAGAGGGGAGGAGCGGAGAGGGGAGGAG